AUUGCUCUCGCCAUCAUCCUCUCGGACCACCGGCCGAUCGCCUUCCCUCCCCCCGCCUCCUUCGAUCCACGACCGAAACCCACAGCCGCCGCACAGCAUGCCCCACUCCAAAGAUAUCGACCACGACGAAGACCCGCAGAACGUCGAGGAGGAGCAGCAGCAGAUCCAGGACGACAGCACCGACCAGCAGGUCGCCGAGGAGGAAGCCGCUCUCGUCACCGUCUUCGAGGACCCCGUCAACUUCACAGUCAAGCACCCGCUCCAGUCCCGAUGGACGCUGUGGUACCUGAACUCGCAGCGAAAGGCCAACCAAAACAACUGGAAUCAGAACCUCAAGAAGAUCAUCACGUUCGAGACCGUUGAGGACUUUUGGGGUGUCUUCAACAACAUCAUCAAGCCCUCUCAAACUGCGCCCGGCUCAGACUACCACCUCUUCAAGGAGGGCAUCCAGCCCACCUGGGAAGAUCCCGCGAACGAGCAAGGCGGCAAGUGGGUCUGCACCAUCCGAAAGAAGGACGAAGAUCUGGACACAAAGUGGCUCAACACUAUGCUGCUCUGUGUCGGAGCCAUGUUGCCCGAUUAUGACCAAGUCAACGGCGUCGUCAUCUCGAUCCGCCGACAACAAGACCGUAUCGCACUGUGGACGGCAACCAACGAAAAGGAUGCUUGCGAGCGAUCAGGCCGCCAGCUGAAGCGUGUUUUGGAGCUGCCUGAGAACGUCCGCAUUGGAUUCCAGGCCCAUGCCGAUGCUGCUGCCAAAAACUCGAGUUUCGCGAACGACGAUUUGUACACAGUGUGAAGUUGCUGAGAAGCCGCGUGGUGUCGAAAGGGCAUGAAUACAUAAACGGUUAUCCGUACUGCACUUGGAACUCGCAGAAGGAAGUGCAAAUGGUCGGGUAUUGCUCCGGUAUUGCUCGGGUCGGUGGCUGAGGAAGCUUGAGCCGGAGCAGUUGUGUGGC